CCCACCCCCCUGCCCUCAACUUCUCCUCUAUCCGGGUCACUCACUCAAGUAAAGUGGGAGAGAGAGACGCGCAUGCCCGAGAAGAAAACUGGUAAGCGCGUCCUCGAGAGCUGCGCACGGGCGCGGCGGCGCGCUCUCUGUCGGAGGAAGAGCAGCAGCAGCAGCAGCGAAGAGGGAGGGGCUCUCUGGGCUCUUUCCGAGGCGCUGCCGAUCCGCAGGCUGGUCGUGCCUGGCUGGCCCUGAGCUCGCCUUCCUCUUUGCGGGGCGGGGCGGAGGGGCGCCUGAGAGGAGCAGGGAGGCGCCGGUGGCCGCGGCUCUGAUCCCGACGUGGAGGAGACGUUUACAGAUUUCGCCUUCCCAAGUCAUGAACAUCAGAGUUUAAGCGGUGGUAGAUUAAAAGCAGAAUUCUCUGCAAUGUGAUUUGGAAAUAUGCCCUACUGUGUUCAGAGGGGAUUGUUCCUAUGUGUUUAGGAUUGCAGCCUAAGUUUCAAACCGCUUUAGUUAGCAGACUCCUGCUUCAAGUCUGGAAUACAAAUUAAGGAAGGUUGCUUUGAGUGGACAAUGAUUAGAGAUACAAUGAAGGCAUGGAGUGACAGUCAGUCAGAUCUUUACAGCAGUGACCUAGAAGAAGAGGAAGAAAUGAUUUUUGGAGAAAAUGAAGAAGACUUGGAAGAGAUGAUGGAUUUAAGUGACCUGCCUACCUCACUCUUCGCCUGUAGUGUUCAUGAAGCAGUGUUUGAAGUUCAAGAGCAAAAGGAACGGUUUGAAGCUCUCUUCUCAAUCUACGAUGAUCAUGUUACAUUCCAGCUAUUUAAAAGCUUUAGAAGAGUAAGGAUAAAUUUUAGCAAUCCAGAAGCAGCAGCAAGAGCACGAAUAGAACUUCAUGAGACAGACUUCAAUGGGAAAAAACUCAAGCUGUAUUUUGCCCAGGUUCAGGUGCCCAAUGAAGUGGGAGACAAAUCUUACCUCUUGCCACCACAGCCUGUCAAACAGUUCCUGAUAUCGCCACCUGCAUCCCCACCAGUAGGAUGGAAGCCAAGUGAAGAUGCCACUCCCAUGAUAAACUAUGACUUGCUCUGUGCUGUUUCAAAAUUGGGCCCUGGGGAGAAGUAUGAGCUUCAUGCAGGAACAGAAUCCACUCCCAGUGUCGUCGUCCAUGUGUGCGAAAGUGAAACAGAAGAGGAAGAUGAAAUUAAAAAUCCCAAACAGAAGAUAGUGCAGACGAAGCGCCCGGAUCCACCACCCACAUUAAUAAAUGAAACAAAAACUCUUGAAUGUACGCUAGAGGUAGGGGGUGGGAUGCACUACUGAAUUUGAGGCUCUCUGACAACAGCAGUGAGUGGUAAAUGUUUGCAUUGCUGUGUGACGCAUAGCGGCAAAAGACUUCUCUUGUAGUCGUCUCGCAUCAGAAAGACUAUAGAUGCCAACGUUUUGAAGAGCACUUUAAUUUUAAGGUUAACUCCCAAGAUGUAGCAAAUCCACUGGGUUUCAAGUCCUAGAAUACUAGGAAGGUGCCAUUUUUGGAAUGUGUGUUACCAUUUUCUUGGUGUUCAGAAGGCAGAAAGGAACUUGGCUGCUGCCAUCUCUAUAUGGGUUACCACAUGGUUUUGUAUGUGAGUCUCAUGUAUAUUUUUGUGUGCUGAUGUAUAACAUGAUCUGAGUAACAUGAUGUUCUAAGUAAUAUAUUGAUGAAAUAUAAAUGUAAUGUACAAUGUACAUUGUUAUCAGUAGAAAAAUCUCAAACUGGUUUGGGGUGAUAGAACCAAAUUUCCAAACAGGUUUGCUUUUGUGAUUUUUGUUUUUCCUUAGAAAUGCCAUAGUUGUGUGUGUUGAAUUUCAAGGUACUCUUGUGAAUUGACAUGAGGCAAAAGACAAAAUUGGAACUGUGAUAGGUUGUCUUUCUGCUCGUUGCACCUAUGAAAUGCAAACUAGGAAGCUGCAGAUUAUGGACUGACUCCCUCUUUGGCCCGUGUCUCCUAAUUUUUCUUAGCCUGUUUCUGUCUUCAGCUGUGGCUGUCCCAAGUGCAGGAUUUAUUUUCUGUGUUUAUCUUGUAUCUCUAGCAGCAGGAUUCAUACAGCCAGGAAGGGUCCUACAUCCACAUGGCUCUUCAUAAAGCUUAGCACCAGAGUGUUGCACGUCUUGUCCAGCCAACUGGAUUCCUCAACUGGAUUCUCCAGGAUGUGGUAUGCAAAAUUGCACAGCCACCCCCUACAGCAGUGACAGUGUAGAUGUGCCCCUGCGCAGGUCUGGAAGUAUAUAUCCCAUUUUUCUUUUCCCCAUUCCCUCCCUCCUAAAGGCUCAGACUGGUUUGUGCCCCUACAUAGCAGGGUGGAUUUGAUUUGAUUUAAAUCAGAUCAAGUUAAAUCACUAUUUAAAUCACUAGUCAGUAAGACUUGAUUUAAAUCACUUUUUUACAGAAAGACUCAUUCUUGCUGGUAUAAUCUUAAUAUUUACAACCAAAUGAAGGUUUCAUUUUUGGAAUAAUAAAUUUUCAGAGUAAUUUUUACAGUUAUAUCAAAAAUUACUAAUUUGGUUAUACUAUUAGAAAUACAUAGACAAAUAAUUAUGAAAUUAUUGUUUAUAUUUGGACAACUUUUCUGCUGUACUUUAUUGGAAGGAGAAAAAUAAUCAUUUCCUCAAUAACAAUUUAAACAAUUUAUUUAACUAAAACAAUAACAUUAUAGCAUAUGUAUCCAUGUUUGUUAACUGAUGUGGUUAAACGAUUAAAAAAAAACAGUCUGAGUUUUAGCACACAUUAAAAACUUAACACAAAUCCUUCUUUCCUGAUGAAUAGCCUUUAGAGUAUAAUGUAACUUAAAUAGAAAACUAUCUUUAGAAAUAUUUUUCCUCCAAAAGCAUUUUAUUUUAAAAAUCCGAUUUAACUCAAAAAAAUCCAUUUUUUUCUUUUUAUCCACCCUGCUACAUAGUCUUCUUUGCUGAGCUAUUACAGCCCUCCCACCCUUCAACUGUCCUACUUCUUGACCACCCAAGCCCUCUUCAGACCCCUUUUGGUACUCUUGCAGAGAACAUUGAUUUAGCAGGUUUUGGUGAGCUUCUGCUGGAAUUGCUUGCUUGCUUAUUGCCUGAGCUUUCCUUCCUUCCCUCUCUCCCUUUGCAUUGAAUCUUCUAUUCCUACUACUUCUUGGGGAGGGAGAAGAAUGUGCUGCAGGAAAAGUGUUGACCACCCAGCUGCCUAGACUUGACAAAUAAGGCUAGCCUUGUUUGUUAUGCCUUUUCUUAACACUGUGUUUCCCACCUUAGCAAUUUUCAGCAAAGUAGCACCUUCAGAUGCCAGAUAUUUUCCGUAACACUACAUAGCUGAUACUUUUUAUGGUUGAACUAAAUGAAAGAAUGGAGGGGGUGGGUGGGAAGUAUAUGUUGGAUUCUAUUUUAUCUAUAAAACCAUCAGCUCUACCAAAUUUGCUAAAACCAAGAGUCUUGUGGCACCUUAAUGGCUGAACAAAUGUAUUACAGCACAAGCUUUUGUGGACUACAUGCAAAUUUGCUGGGAAUUGUGUUGGAUCUCAGUGGGGAAGGACCUCUCUCUUUAUGCCCAGUGUCGGAAACCGCUUUUCUUCCCGCUCCACAUUAUCUGACAUACGUGGUGGGGGGAGUGUGUUCAAGUCUCUCUGCACCAGGCUAUGGAAACAUUCAGAAGCAGUUUGAAUCGCUUUUGCUUGAGACUCUUUGGAGCCAAAUACACAGCAGAAAAAUUAUACUGGUUUCAGUUCUCUACAUCUGUCAGAAGCCACAGAGAAAGAAGAAGCCACCAAUAAUGGCUGGCUGCUAACACCAGUCCAAAUGACCCCUUAUUUAUAGUGAUUCAAGGGAGUCUGUACCACUUCAAGCUUAAGCAGGACUUUGUCCUACUAGUGAGUGAAGACUGUCUUUGCUUGGGACCAGGUUUUAGGGGUACAGUGUUGGAGGUGGACCAGUAAGUCCCAUUCAAAGCUCAUGCAGUGCUAAAAUUUACUGGCUGGCCUUGGGCCAGUUAUACUUUCUUCAUGGGCUGCCCCAAACUCUUGAUGCACAUGUAAAGUUGAAUAUAGUGGAGAAUAAAGGCAGUUGCUCUUUUACCAGAAUAAAUCUUAAUUCUUGCCUGUUUAUUAAGAACCAAGGCAAAGGUACUUAUCACAGAAGUUGUUGGUUCCCUAAAAUAUGUUGUAAGGCGCUUUCCUCUCUUCUGUUAGCAUUU